AUGGUCCAAGCAGUUGCAGUGUUAAAGGGUGAUGCCGGUGUUUCCGGUGUUGUCAAGUUCGAGCAAACUUCUGAAUCUGAACCUACGACAAUCUCAUACGAGAUUGCUGGUAACAGCCCUAACGCGCUACGAGGGUUCCAUAUUCACGAGUUUGGAGACGCCACCAAUGGUUGUGUCUCUGCUGGUCCCCACUUCAACCCUUUUAAAAAGACACAUGGUGCCCCAACUGACGAAGUCAGACACGUAGGUGACAUGGGUAACCUUCAGACAGACGCCAAUGGUGUGGCCAAGGGCUCUUUCAAGGAUUCUUUGAUCAAGCUUAUCGGUCCUACCUCCGUUGUUGGCAGGAGUGUUGUUAUCCACGGCGGUCAAGAUGACUUAGGUAAGGGUGACACAGAAGAAUCUUUGAAGACUGGUAACGCCGGUCCUAGACCAGCCUGUGGUGUCAUUGGAUUAACCAACUAA